AUGCUUCGCAUGAUUCACAGCUGGUCUGCUAGAAGGCGUCUUAGUGGAUCAAGCUACCCCUUAAAAAGAAAGGAUCCUAAAAUAACCCCAACAAGGACUAAAAAGCACCAGAAAUGUAUAACUCUUCAGAAAUCUAGUCGCACACCAACGGGACUACCAUCAGUCACAAAACCAAGAGCGCGAAAAAUCCACAAAGCGCCUAUUCCUGAAUCUCAAAGUGUGACCAACCACAAUUUGCUAGGUAAUAUAGAUAUUCAAAUCCCUUCAGAUUGUUGUCAUCAUAAUUCAGCUCAUAUGAAAAUUCACCAUAAUAACGUCAUAAACCCUUUAAAUUUAUCUUCAUCAUUGUGUACUUCUGAUUCUUGCGAAAAUGCCAACGAAGAGUUAUAUCAUAACUGCCAAAACCAUGAUAAUUCAGAAAAUGACCAUGUAUUAUCAAAACUACAAAGUACAUCAAAAACAGAAUCAUUGGUGGAAAUUAGUACAAGCUUACCUGUAAAACCAAACCCAAAUGUUACGCUAAUUGAGUGCACUGAACAAUUUACUUUUCCAAAUUUGAUUACCAGUUCUGAUCAACAAGUCGAUCCAUCUAGUGAUAUGAAACCUCACUUAUUCAAUGAGGUUGGAUUUAUUGGCGAAGAUGAAACUAUGCAACCUUCGGACGAGGAAAGUGAGCCAAGCGAUUCCUCGUCUUCCAUCGCUCCUCCGCAAGAACUUUCUACGGAAAUCUCUGCAAUUGAAGAGUGCGACGAUGGGGAUUUUGAGGAAGCUGACGCAUAUGCCUUCAUACGCAGCCUCCCACCACUGCCUCCUGAUAUUAUUUGUCGUCCACCGGCGCUGCCGAAAAAAACUCGCUCCUCUCCAGAGUUUUGUUUAGUUCUUGAUUUAGAUGAAACUUUGGUUCAUUGUAGUUUGAACCCUCUUUUGGACGCUCAGUUUAUUUUCCAAGUUGUUUUCCAAGGUGUUGUCUACAUGGUGUACGUCCGAAUUCGACCACACUUAUACGAAUUUCUUACCAAUGUAUCUGAACAUUUCGAAGUUGUGCUUUUUACAGCUAGCACGAAAGUAUACGCUGAUCGUCUUGUAAACUUGAUUGAUCCUAAAAAGAAAUGGAUUAAGCAUAGAUUAUUCCGUGAACACUGUGUCUGUGUAAAUGGUAACUACGUCAAAGACUUACGAGUCCUAGGCCGAGACCUCCGCAAAACUGUGAUUAUUGAUAACUCUCCGCAGGCGUUUGGCUAUCAGUUGGAUAAUGGUGUUCCAAUCGAGAGUUGGUUUGUUGAUUCAAAUGAUUGUGAACUCCUUAAACUUAUUCCGUUUUUAAAAGAAAUAACUAAAGCCGAUGAUGUUAGACCAUUAAUAGUUGAUCGAUUCCGGUUACAUGAGAAAGUUCUGGCAGCUCCUCUUACACCACCCGAUGUUCAGAAUUGA